AUGCAGAAAACCCUAACACCUUACAAGACACCAAUGGAAGACAAUGACCCGGUCGUCUCCGAGUCCGAAUCUGAAUCGGACGACGAAGACGAGGCCGUCCAGCUCAGCCAGCCCUCGAAAACUGCCGUGAACGACAAAACGGGCCUGCUCGAAAAGCUUGCUGACAUCAGCUGGCCCGAAACAGCCGACUGGCUGCACAGGCUCUCGUUCAACAUCGACCAGGAUCAGAAGGUAGACGUGAAUGACGACUUGAACCGUGAGCUUGCCUUCUACACGCAAGCACUUGAGGGCGCCAGGCUGGCAUUCACGAAGUUCCAAUCUGCGGGCCUGCCCUUCUUGAGGCCCGCUGAUUACUAUGCUGAGAUGGUAAAAACUGAUACCCACAUGGAGAAAGUGAAGGGCCGUCUCCUGGUUGAGAAGAAAAAGGCCGAGGAGGCCGAGGAGAGAAAGAAGGCCCGUGAGAAUAAAAAACUGGCUAAGGAAAUCCAGGCACAAAAGCAGAAGGAGCGGGCCAAACAGAAGAAGGAGGAUAUUGAGUCCGUCAAGAACUGGAGGAAACAGAGGAAGCAGAGCGGGUUUGCUGGGGGCGAGGAUGGUGACUUUAGUCGGGCUUUUGAGGAUGGGAAGUCUUUUGAGAGGUCCAGUAAGAAGAGGCCUGGGGUGGGCCCUGGGGACCGUUCGGGCGGGAAGGGUAAAUUUGGAAAGGGGACGAAAGGGUCUGGGAAGAAGAGGGAAUUUAGGGACUCGAAGUUCGGGUUUGGUGGGAGAAAGGGGUUGAAGAAGCAGAACACGGCCGAUACCACAAAUGACUUUAAGGCUUUUGGUAAGAGUAAUGGCCCAAAGAACAAGAAACAGAAAGUGUGA